AUGUCUGGACACAACACAACCAGUCUUCGGCGUCGAACGAAGACACGCAGCAACAUGAAGCUCUCGGUUGUAUUGGUCGUCUCACUGGCCGUAGUGGCCUUAGCAAGCGAGGAGAAAGGUGCCACAAAACAAGCGGCCGCCGAAGAUAAGAAGCAGGAGAAACGCGGUAUCUUCGAUAUUGGUUCUUAUGGCGGCGGCUCCGGCCAUGGAAGUUACAGCUAUAGUGGCGGUGAAGGAGGCCAAAGUGGUCACGGAAGCUACAGCUAUAGCAACGGAGGUGGUGAUGGAGGUCAAAGCUUCAGCAGCAACGAAGGAUACAGCUACGGUGGUCAAGGGGGCGGACACGGUUUCGGAGGUCAAGAGGGCCAAAACCUUGGAGGCCAUGGAGGCGGUGAAUUCAGUUCUGGCGAUUCAUGGACACCGAUAUCCAGCGGAAGCAACGAGGGUCAUCACCACGAACACGUCAAGACCAUCGAGGUAGUGAAGAAAGUGCCCGUACCUUACACCGUAGAGAAACACGUUCCCUACACCGUCGAGAAGAAAGUUCCCUAUGAAGUCAAAGUGCCCUAUCCUCAGCCCUAUACCGUUGAGAAGAAAGUACCUUACCCCGUCAAGGAGUACGUCAAAUACCCCGUCUAUGUGCCCGAACCUUACGAAGUAGAGAAGAAGGUCCCAUAUGAAGUGAAAGUACCAGUUGACAAGCCUUACGAAGUCAAAGUUAAAGUGCCCACUCCUUACACCGUUGAGAAGAAAGUGCCCUACGAAGUUAAAGUACCCGUUCCUCAGCCCUACACCGUUGAGAAGAAGGUACCCGUACCAGUUAAAUACGAAGUCAAAGUACCCCAACCCUACGAAGUAAUCAAGAAGGUACCUUACGAAGUGAAAGUUCCAGUCGAUAGGCCAUACCACGUAUACGUGCCUAAACCUUACCCAGUAACUGUCGAGAAGCCGUACCCAGUAACUGUUCACAAACACGUGCCCUAUGAAGUCAAAGUCCCUGUUGACAGGCCAUACAAGGUCGAAGUUGAGAAGCCCUACCCAGUUCAUGUUAAGGUGCCAGUUCCUCAGCCCUACGACGUGUACAAGAAGGUUCCCUAUACCGUCGAGAAGGGAGUGCCCUACGAAGUCAAAGUACCUAUUGACAAGCCUUACCCCGUAUACAAGAACGUUGGAGUUCCUUUAGUCAAAGAGGUGCCUUAUCCCGUUAAGGAGCAUUAUCCUAUUUACCUUAAAAAGGAAGAGGAGCAUCACGGGCACCAUGGCUGGCACUGA